AUCAAAACGCUGAAAACGUCCCCAGCAAGCUGCAACAAUGCAAGCAAAAGCAUACAAUGAUACAUUACUGUCAUUUGGUAACUUAGCGCUUGAUGUCAAUCAGAUCAUGGCAGAAGGAGAUCAUUCUUGCCCGACCUUUCUUGAACCCUCACAUAUUCCAACAAAAGCUUGCAAGGGUUGAAAGCAUACAUCCAUGCUGAUGGAUGCAAGUGGGGUCCCGCUCUAGCUGGCGUUCCCAGCAGCAUUCAAAAGCAGAUUUUGUGAGGAGCGUGUGAUAAGUUACAAAGAGCUACUCAACAUGCUUGGUCUCCAGCUCUCCUUUUGUGGAAGUAUUUCUUCAGCGUACGCGUCAAUGUCAACGACUUGUCACGAGGAUGCUUGCAGCGUAGCGGGCCAGAUGGAAACUUAGACGAGGAUUGUCUGCUUGGCAAGUCCCUUACUGAAACAAUGGCGAGCGCGCUGCAGGAGCCACAGCCCUUGCUUAUGGUUUCCAAAAAGAAAGAGCGCAGCUUGCAGGACAUGAUACUAACUAGAUCAAAGAGUUCAGGGUCUGAUAAAAGUAGUUCUAAGUUCAUGAUUUUUCUGGACGGGGAAUGGACGAGUUCACCAGGAUUGACGAACGUCAUGCCGGUACUUGGCCCAGUGAUUGAGAAGGCCAUGCAGGACAAUGAAGCACCUGUCAUCGACAGACUAAGUCACGAACUCAUCCCCUCCAGCAAAGUACUAGGAGACGUCCACCAGAAUGAUCUUCAGAAGAUGGUUGCAAAGAUGGUAAAGAUCGAAAAGGGAAAAGGGCCCAGAAAAAGCGCUCAAGAAGUCCUUGACUGGUUCCCUGAGUUCGACCUACCAGAGGAACACCAAAAGCUGGCCCCGGAGGACUACCGGGACAAGACAGACGCCUACUGGAAAGAGAGAUGGGACUACCGAGAAGCCAAGUACCGGGGCCGCAUGCAAAAGCUCACCAAGUGCGAGUGUCUCGCUGUGAUCGACGCGGUGUUGCAACGCCACCGCAAUGACCCCGACCCCGACGGGCUGGAGGCCCUCAAAGAGGGCAUUACUCGUUACUUCCAAGAGGAGUUGAGCCUACGCCUCCCCUGCGCCAUGAUGUCAUACUUUGCCGCUCUGGAAGGCGAACAAGGGGUGCAACCCGAACCCGGGGGGAGCCCCUCUGGGAGCUCAGAGGGGCAAUUUUCCGCAAAAUCAUCAGACGACGGUGGGAGCGAGGGGCUUGGGUUCGAAAGGCCCAGGGCAGAAGGUGGUCUUAAGCGCCCGCGGCAGGAGGGGCUCGCCAGCGCAACGUUUGAGCUUACUAGAUCAAUGGGCCUUCCGAGCGGUGGAUCUGGGGGUGCCGGAUUGGCGGGGCUUCCGGUCGAAGGAUUGGGGGCACCUACGGCCAGCGGAUUUGAGAGGCUUUUGGGCAGCAGGUUCGCGGGGCCUCUGAGCAGCGGAUUGGAGGGGCUCUCGGGCAGCGGAGUUGAGGAGGGGCCUCCAGGCAGCGAGGGGCUUCCGGGCAGCGGGUUGAAGGGGCUCCCGGGCAGCGUAUGGAAGGGGCUUCCGGGCAGCGGAUUGGAGGAGGGGCAUCCUGGCAGCAGGUUCGAGGGGCUUCCGGGCAGCGGAUUGGGGGCACCUCCGGCCAGUGAAUUCAAGGGGCCUCCGGGCAGCGGGUCAGAAAGGCUUCCCUGGGACAUGGAGUUGGAGGCUGCAAGGGACGGACCUGAGCUUGGUCUUGACGAUUUUGAGCCAGAGAGUACUGGUGGUUCGGAUACACAAGAAGCUUCGGACGAGAUGGACGUGGUUGAUAAGUGGAUUCUCUGCCCGGAGAACGAAGCAGGGGCGAAUGAGGACGAGGCUGGUGGGGGAGGGGGGGGAGAUGAGAGUGAGCAGGAAACAGUGGUUGUCGAACGUGGACAAGGAGAGGCGGAGGGGGGCGGACAGAGCGACGAAGAGAGGAAGGAAGAGGAAGAAGAAGAGGACGAGGACGAGGAUCGAGAUGAUAUGGACAGCGACGGAGGGGAAGAUGAUGACGAUCGCAAACCUCCCCCCGGGGGAGCCGGAAACGGCGCAGCGGAUCGUCGCGGCCGGGACGGCGGAUCUGGUGACGGAGACAGAGACGGCGGCAAGGGUGGCGGCUCCAGUUCUUUCGAGAACGGCGACACGGGAUCGUGGUUCUUGCCCGAGUGGGACGCCGGUUGUGGUCUUCGCCGUGGCGUUUACGUCCCGCUUCGGGUUGCUGACGUCAGCGGCGCUCGCAACCCCCAGCCCGUGGCUGCCGGCGGCCAAGAGAUGCAGCUCUCCCGGGCUGCGGUUGCUGACGUCAGCGAUGUUCCGGCAGGGAGUCCGCUUCACAGCGUGGCCUGGGAGGUCCAGGCCCCUCCUCCACCAGCUCCCCUCAUGCCUGACGAUGACGAAGGGUCCAGCGAACCAAGGCCCGGGUUAGGCCUACAGGGCUGGGUCGGAGGAGCCUUCAAGAAAAGCACCACAAACCCGAGAUCCGAAACCAGCGCGGCCACAGCCCUGGAGGUUUCCGGGGCUGAAUUAGGUGGAGGAACAAGCGAUCGUCCGGAAGAGGGCCCCGUGGCUGACACUGCCAAGGCUGUCGACAUCGCGCAGAUGGGCAUUGCAAACCUGGACCUGAACUCCACAGUUUUGCCGGACGUCCCCGCCAAGUACAUGUGUCCGAUCACGGGAGGCGAUAUGGUGGAUUCAGUGUUUCUCUUCAGCAGCGGCCAGUCCGACGAGAGAGCCACAACUGAGCACCGGCUAAGCUUCCUAGACGGUGCCCGGCGGGAGUCGGAGUCUGACAGCUCUGGUCUAGCAGCGGAGGAUGCUUCCAGCACAGUCAGCGUACACGUCACGAAGGACCCUGAUGUCAUGACAGCGCUCUCAAACCUCUUGCUGGACGGCGGACUGAACGCGAAAGUGGCAAUUGGAGCGGAGCAGCUGACCGACCUCCUCCAGGCCCACCCGCAGAAGUGGAUGCAAGUUUACGAAGCCGAGGCCGUUGAGCCUUUGGUGCGCGUCUUAGGUUUCAAAGGCCAGGUCCGGCUUUUCGCAGUUACGGCCCUGGAAGCCAUCAUGGCGGCUGCGGUGCGGGAGGCAUAUGGAAACAACAAUAAAGUAGCAGAAAACGCCUGCGGAGAAAUCAUCGAGAAAGCACGCGACAGCUUGCUCGAGCUUCUGUCGGACGAGAGCCUUGCCAUCAGAGGCAAGGCCGCAGAGACGAUCGGACACUGUCUGGAAGUGCGGACGAUUUCGGUCCUGCUAGCCAAGCAAGAGAAAACCGGCCUGAUCACCGGGCUCGUGCACCUGAGUUUCGCGGAGGGACUGCACGAGAUGAUGCACGGGGUCCACGGCCCAGCCACGGUCGAAAGCGUGCGCAGCAUCGGCCGCCGCGUGCUCUGCCAGCUAGCAAGAGUCGUCGUCACAAACCAAGCUCAGAGCGCCAAGCUAGCCGCGGACCCGGCACCCGAGGAUGUCGUCGACUCCCUCUGGAAGCUCGUCCUCGACCGGGCCACGACGAUUGAGGCCUUGGAAAUGCUCACAUGGCUCGCUCAGGGGGCGCCGUCUGGUCUUUCGGAGCAGUCGGUUGUAGAGGGCGCAGGCGCAAGGGAACGGAAGGCUGUUCUCACGUACCUGUUGGGGCAGGCCGAGAGCAACAAGCCGCUCAGGCUGCCUCUCGCGAAGUUCCUCGCCGGUUUGGCGGCUACCGCGAGCGAGCCGGGCGACUUGCUUGGGACAGCGGGAGUCGACAAACUGUUGCGCCUACUUCAGGCGUUGGUGAAGGAGAUCGGAGAUGAGCCGGGGGCUGCGGAAGGCUGGGCUUGUGUGUCGCUCGUGGUAGAUUUCCUCGCAACGACGUCUUCAGGGGAGGGGGAAGACGAGACACAAGAGGGGUCGGCGGAUGUCAAGAGACGAGAGUUGUCGGUGACAACUCUUUUGGAGCUACUGAGGCUCGCGACGAAGGAGUCCGUCCCGAGAGCACGGUUCUCCGAUCUCAGUCCUUCGCUUCAAAACUCCAUCCAGAGUUCGCAGAGCUCUGCACUGCGCUGUGUCGGAGUCCUCUCGGUCAGCCGGCCGUUUGCGCGGCGUUUCGUCGAAGAGGGAGGAGUCGAGCUAAUCUCCAUGGUCUUUCAAGCAGUCCGUUCGCGCACCCGAGACUGUGCAGAGGCACUCGCGGGGCUGAUGGUGGCGUGCCCGGUGAAAACGGAGGCGGCGCUCAAGAACUCUGCGGCGCUGCUAGGACUUUGCAAGAUGCUGGACGGUGGGAACGGCGAGGAGCGACUUGCGGCCCUGCACGUCUUGGACCUGGUGGUAUCGACCGGCAGCGUGGCGCAGAAUCUGGAGCCGACGUGGCUUUGCCCGGAAGGAGAGGAGUCGGCCAACUGCCGCACAGCUGGCGCGGAGCUGUUUGCCAAGCUCUCAAGCACCAAUGGCUGGGGCGAUCGGGGCACGUCCGCGAUCGGCGCGGCUCUCGGCUUCCUCACGGACGCCCAGAAGCGCGGGCUCAUGGGCGGCCCCGCAGUACAAAGCGUCUUGCAAGCGCUCAAAGCCCUCACCACCAACCCCCGGCUCUGCGCCGCCCUGACGGGCGACAAGCAGGGGGUCAACGUCCUCGUCCAGGUCGCCAAGCAGCUGAAGACCCCAACCGCCCAGAUCAUGACGCAAAUCAGUGAGUGCGUCCCGGAGACCGCGGCUGCUGACAGCAGAUUUGUGGCGGCCCUCGUGAGCCUCUUGGACGACCCGGACGCUCAGAGCUCGGCCGCAGCCGCGUUGGAUAAGCUAGCGUCCGGCGCUGCCCAUCUAGGAAACGUGGCGGGGGCCGGAAACGCGCACGUUGCCGUUCUGCUGAAGGCCGUUCCGCUUGCGAAAGUGGAAGACAAGAUCAUGUUGGUGCGGGUUCUCUGGCGGCUGUGCAAAGGGAUCGGCGCAGCUGUGAUCGAGACAGUCUUGAGCGGCGGGGGGCUGAAGAUUCUGUUGACGGCAGCGAAAACCCUGGAGGCGAGCGGGCGAACCGGAGACGCCGUGGCGUGCCUGGUUGCGAUCACCAGCCUCAAGGUCGCUGCGACGGACUUGGGCAGAGACAUUGUUGCCGCCAGUGCUACAGCCUUCCUGGUCAAGCUUCUCGAGGCCAGCGUCAAGGGGAGUCGGGAGGACAGGGUCCGUUACGCGGUGUUCUUUCUGGGGUGCGCAGCUCGGGUGGACCCCGACGCUUGCAUGCACGCAGGCAUCAUUCCGGCACUCGAGCUGCAUCUGGCGGAUGCGAAGAAGAAGGACGAGUGCACUCUUGCGGGGAUUGAGGUAAUAGCUGCCCUGUUAAGCGGGGCAAGCGGGGAGACCGCUAGGGAUGCCCUUGUCAAAACAAAUGCAGCAGCGCAUUGCGCAGCUUUGGCGAGAGCCGGCAAGCGUUGCCCAGGGAAAGCACAAAACGUCUCGUGUGGAGGGGAGUGUAUCGCUGAGGCCACGAUUGUGACCAAGGAGCUUGCACGCUCGAGGUCGUCAAAAAAGUCUUCUUGGCGCGGCAUACUUGGAUGAGUCAGCUCCAGCCUGGGGUCUUGACCGGUCUUCACCAUGGGGAACGAAGGUGGCAAAAGCCACGCCGAGUAGCAGGGCACUACUAGGUUCACCAGCUAUACCAAGCACCAGCCAUCUUUGUCAGGUAUCUAUUGGCGAAGUGUCCUUUGAACAGUUAGUGAUCACUGACGCUUACAACCAGGGAGAGGUUAAUGGAGACAGAGAAGGUUGGAUUAUUGAUGCAAAGAGAGGGUUGUCGUGCUUAUGUACUACUAGACUAUCGCUGUAAGGUGUACAGGGGAAGCAUAGGCCUACCGUUGAUUGCAAGAUACAGAAAGGGAAAACAUGAGCAGACGAAGCAAUUGCUCGGAUGUGAAGACCAUGUAUAUUGAGCUCUUGC